AGAAAAAAAUAUCAAACAGUUUUGAGAGCACCUGCGAACGAGACGUGUGUUACGUUUUUAUCGUGACUACUGUGCGUUCGCAAUAUUGUAGAUAAAGACUGUUUUAUACGAUUAUCUUGAUAUAGAAUCGUUUUUGCUUUAUUUUUGUGCAUCAAAAGUUUUAUUUGAAUGGAAAAAUAAGGACAUAGACGUGUAUUUUAUGGAAAAUAGACUAUAAAUAGUGUUGUGUUUGUAUUCGGUGUUGGGGCAAAAUAUUGCGAUAAUAGAGAGUUUCUACCAGCUGCUUGGGCAUAGUAUGCUUCAUAUUGUAAUUGCCUGCUGCAGCACGGUUCCUCGACGGGUAUGGGGCAGCAGUCGACUACGCGGCCGCCGCUCUGAGCCACAACAAUACAGAGGCUGCGUCAGCGACGUCAUGACGAAAACCUCCCACCGCAACAUCGAGUUACAUUUUUGAGUUCAUAAUUCAGCACAUCAAGCAGUGUCUGUUCUCAGUGUUGUGCAAAUACAUGUGAAACUUCGCGAACGAUAACGAUAUUUUAUCGCGUUCUUAACUAAAUCCAUUGCGUCUGUUUUCGUUAACCGAUAGCGCAGUAGAUAAGUCGUGCUGAUUUCGAGCGAGCGUCACACCGCGCCGCGCUGCGUACUACAGCUGAUAUUAAUGUUUAGAAACAUUUGGACCGUGCGAGUGUGUCGUGAACUGUGCACAGCUACAUUGUGUAGUGUUACUUUGUUUUUUGAGUAUCGGAUGUGUAUUGGAGUUUGAGAAUAUGCGUUCGGAAGAGUUGUGGUGCAGUAUAGCGGCGCUAGGGUGGAUUGCGUUGGUGGGAUGCCACGCGCCAGGGAGUGAGCUGGAGUCGGUGCGGUACGGGCCCGCCGAAGAGCGGACCCCGUUCGACACCUUCACGGUGGCGAACAUCAACAUCACUUACGAGGAUGAACAUGGAAUCAUGUACACAGAGAUAUCUGAGUCGGGGAAGUAUGGAGAGGGCUUCAUCGCGUUGUCGUCCCGGGGAGUCGCGGUGCACGUCCGCGCGAAAGGCCCGGACGGCGAGAAGGACCACACGGGGUGUUCCUGGCCGCUGCUGUCGGUGGCUGCCCCCAAUGACCCGCUGCCCACCGAGCCGUGGAUCGCUGUCAUCAAGCGCGGGAGCUGCAACUUUGAAAUUAAGGUGCAAAAUGCGUGGAAAGCGAACGCGACGGCGGUGCUGGUCUACAACGACAGGGACACCACACUCCUGGAGAAGAUGAAGCUGUCGACCGAUAAUGGACGCAACAUAUCCGCGGUGUUCACGUACAAGUGGAAGGGCGAGGAGAUCACGCGGCUCAUCGACAACGGCACGCGCGUCAUGAUCGGCAUCCUCAAGGGCCGUACAUUUGCCAAUGUCAGCAACAAUAUUAACAAAACGUCAGUGCUGUUCGUGUCGAUAUCGUUCAUCGUGCUGAUGGUGAUCUCGCUGGCGUGGCUGGUGUUCUACUACAUCCAGCGCUUCCGGUACAUACACGCCAAGGACAGGCUCUCUAAACGUUUGUGUUGCGCGGCGAAAAAGGCGCUGUCCAAAAUACCUGUUAAGAGUUUAAAGACUGAAGAUAGAGAAGUACAGGGCGAUGGCGAAUGCUGCGCUAUAUGCAUAGAACCUUACAAAGUUUCGGAAACGCUUAGAUCUCUUCCUUGUAGACACGACUUCCACAAGAACUGCAUAGAUCCGUGGCUGCUCGAGCACCGCACUUGUCCUAUGUGCAAGAUGGACAUCCUUAAGUACUAUGGUUUUGUGUACACGGGUAGUCAAGAGAGCAUCCUCCAGCUGGAGGUGGAAGAAGCCCGAAGCCGCGCGCGCAGCCCCGCCCGCGCCCGCCACCCGCUCACGCUGCUGACGAGCGACAACUCGUACUCGGAGGCGGCCAGCGAGCGCAGCAGCCGCGCGUCGUCGCCCGACGAGCUCGUGGCCACGCUGGCCAGGUCGUGCGCAUCGUCUCCUUCGGGGUCGCAUGGUGAGCCGUCGCAGGCGCCCGACGCGUCCGACGCGCCGCUACAAGGUUCGCCAAUGGAAGUCCGCGCCACGCCAAGCCCCUAAGCCCCCGACGCGUGAGCGAGACUCAGUGCAGUGAUGUGUUCAAUAAACAAAUACUCAACAAUAGUGGUUCGAACUUCCAGUGAAAUGUGGAUGACAAGUGAUAUUUUGUUUAAGCUAGUUUUAUAUUAGGUAGGCAUCCGCUACUCCGCCUAGUCAACGAAAUAGUGUUGUAAUUUAAAGCCCGGUCUGUGAGUACGUAGAAUUUUGUCAAAUGACCCCAAGCUCGCACACUCACUGCGGGCGCCCGUCGCACAGUCGCGACAGCAAUGUAAUUACGCGCGAGCGAUAAGGAUGGGUAGCUUGGGGUCAUUGGACAAAAUUCUACGUGCUCACAGACCAGACUAUACCCGUACCUCGCCGGUCUGAUGGCUCGUCUGUGACGGUUAUGACUAUGUAGCUGUUCGUUUUGUGGUGCACCUCACAGACUUGCUAGUGGAAGCGGCGAGAAUGUAUCGACAGCACGUCAAACUUAACAACAAUUAUUAUUGUGAUAGACGCUAACUUGCAACAUAAAUGUGUAGUGUGAUGUGCUGUUGAUUGUACUUGUUGUAACUUGACUACGUAACACCAUCGAUAACGGAUAAUAAAACCAAAUACACAGUGGCAUAACAUUGUAAUUUAACGAUUUUGUAGAAAAAAAAUAAAACUGAUAAAAAUGCGAGUAUGUACGUGUUUCUGUAGUUAUUGUGUACUUACGAAUUCCUUUGUUAUUUAAAUGUUUAAAAUCGGUUACAUAAACAAAUCACGAGGGUUUAAAAAUGUUAAGUUUUAAAUUUUUCGCAAUAAUAUUGUUUUUACAAAAGUCUCAAACUUUGGCAAUGCUGUUGAGUACAGUCUGGACGUUUAACAAAACUGCCGAAUUAAAAAUAUUGAAUUAAGUCGAGCCACUGUACUUAAAAUGUUAAUUUGGUUCAUGAUCUCAUAAUGUAUCCUAAAACUUAACCUUUAUUGUAACAUUUAUUUUUGUUAACCCGGUUGUGUAUUGGCCAUGAAUUUAAUUAGGAACUAUUUGUAUUUGUGAUGAACUUCCCAGGAUAUUUUAUCUUUAUAAUUGGUGGCUAAUAAUCAGUCUUCGCCACUUUUCUUUUAAAAGUUCAAAAUCAAAGGCUUUAGCAUAUUAAAAUUUACUAAAUCAUGUACUUAUAAAAUAUUCUUUUGAAUAAGUGAUCAAUUUUUAUUAUACAAAAAAAAAUUCGAAAGUUUGAUGAUUUUUUAAGUUUUAUUUUUCCUUAUUGGCCUAUGUUAUCAAAUUAAAUUAAAUGUACUGAGUGGAUUUUAAAUAUAAAUUUUAAUUAUGUUGUUUAUGAACAAGUGAAGUGUGCGAGAGAUCCGUCCAUAAUAAAUAAUAUCUUUCAUUCUGAUGUUCUGUACUCAAAUGUUUCAAUUUCUGUAUUUUCAUGUAAUUCAUAAAAAAAGCUGUUCCAUUAUGUUUUAAAUGUUGUAUCCACGUAUUUUAUGAUAUUGUUGUGCUCUUCAUAAACAUAUAAUAAUAAUCACAUUCUUGUUUGUAAAAAUGGGGCCAAAUUGCAGCCAAAUUUUUGUGAUUUACACUUAAAUCAUCAUUGAUUUGUAAUGUGAUACUUCUUUCCCGAAGUUAUUUCAACCUUUCUUCGUCGCUAGCUUAUAGUUCACGUAAAUAAAUAACGGACUAAUAUUUAUAAUGUUUACACAACAUCGAUAAAAUGUGUUUUCAAAGUGCGACUGUGGUUUAGUUUAUUCCAUAAUCAUCGACGAUGUUAAUCUUUCAUUUUUCCACUAAGUAAAACAAUGUAUAUCAUACAGUGUAAUUAUUCAUUAUGUCCAAUCAUUAUUUACAUGUAUGCUAACACUUAUUUCGUGACUCAGAGAAAACGGUAGUUAUAAAUUCUAGUCUGAAGUGGAGGUACGUCGCUUUUAGAUACAAUUUAUUUGCGUUUGUCGUAUUCUUUGACUACCGCAGUUGUUUUUAAAAGCGACCAUGGCCGUUCAAACUUUAUUUUUAAGUAAAACUAUAUUUUAGUGUUUUAAGUGAGCAUUUAAGUUAUUACUUACAGUACACGUAAGAUACUUAUUACGAGAAAUCCAUUGGAUUUUAUAUUAACAAGGAGACUGGUAUGUACUUUUAAUAACCGUUAUUGUGUAAAGAUGUUUACAUUCCCCCCUUGAAAAUGUUCUACGGACUCCCAUGUGUGGACAUCAAGUGUUGAAAUAAAAACCAAAACAGUAUUGAAA